AGUUAAGUCAGGAAUCACAGUAUGGGAAGGUUCUCCGUCGAGGCUAAACGUCCCCUGAGAGCCGUUGACCUGAAGGGAGGUAAAUGUCUUCCUUGUGAAGCCCUAGCACCAAGACGUAACCGCUAUGGAUACCAGUAUCUUCAAAACUCUUGUAUAUUUUACCCUCUUCUUCUUGAAUCUGAGAGAAUCAUCGGCAAGUUCUGGUGUGACUUACAAAGAAGUCCUUAAGAAUCUGAAGCUGACUCUUCCUGGAACGUUCACAACAAAAUCGGCAUUCAAUACUUUAGCGUGCGCAUCUUUCUGCUUGGAGAUCCAGUGUCAAGGGUUUGGUUACAUCCAGCCAACGAAGGUGUGCAGGCUGUACACAGGUCUGAACCAGUACUUGGUACCAGAGGCGACGACCGUCUACGGGCUGAGGACGUUCCUGCCCCUGAAUUCGAACAUCAUCUUCAUCAAGGUCCUGACUCCAGCGAGACCUUGGAAUGUGGGGAAAGCAGACUGCGAGGCUCUGAACGGAAAGUUGAUUUACAUCCCAAUUGAAAACGACGCAGAGGGAAUCAGGCUGCUGAAUCUGUAUGGCGGUUAUAUGGUUGGGCUGUACAAGACAUCCAGGUACAGCAAAACAUUCUACGAUUUCUACGGCAACACCUUCAACGAAAGUGAGAUCAAAUGGAUCCCAGGCCAGCCAGAUUACAUUGAGGGCAUAAAUUUAAGCCCAUUUUGCAUAUCCAGGACUGCUAUAAGUGGCCAUGAGGACGUCUGGUGUGAGUCUGAUUUUGGUGAUUUCCCGAUCUGCGAUGUUUAUGGAGACUGGCGGUACUCUUAAAUUAGAUUGACUUCUGGUAUUUUGCUUAUUUGAUCUUGUGUCCAUGUUAAAAGAAGCAUUUUUGCAUAUUUACACGGCAUGUCUGUCGAGUGGUUUUACGCAGAGAAAGUUUUCACGGCAUAUUUCGUGCUUGAGAAAUUUGAUGGGCAUGGUGGCAUACUUAAUUAAAGGUGGUUACCAAAUGGUUUGAUAAUUGUUUACUAAUAAGCCUUAAUAUCAAAGUUCUCAGCUGAAAUAUAUUUAGUAACUAGAACUUAGAGAGUAAUAUUUAAUUGUAUUAGGCUUUCUACUUUUUACCCUUUAGCAUAAACUGGCUUUACUAAGAGAACCUCUCCUCACGGUUUAAUGAGCAUAAGGGAAGGAAUUGCACAAUCAAGUCUUUUAGAAAAUCUGAUGAUAUUCUUUUAGGCAACAUUGUGACGGUAUAUAUGACAUCAGUAACUCAAAUAUCAAAGACUCUAAGAUGCUUAACAAAGGUAAUAGUGAAUUUAAAAUAAGAAUUUCUGAGUGUGCACUGAUCAAGUGUGAUUUGUCACUGGAAUCUUAACUCAUUUCCUCAUAUAAUACUUCUUUGCUUUUAUUACGUAAGUUUGUUGCUACUAUCAAUUCGUCACCAUUAGAUUGUAUUUGUAAAAAUGGAAAAAAUGCAUGUUCACAGUGUAA